AAGUCUGGGGUGGAGGUGAAGAGGCGUGCCAACAAUCCACGACUUUGGACCAAAGCAGCGCGUCUCAGAGAACACAUGGCAUCGCAUCGGAUCCAUUACGCAGCGUUAAGGAGCCGCUGCGAGAGAAAAGGGAAGCUCUGAGUUGCCACUAGCGGGGCCCCCAUCCUGCAACUGGAAGAUUCAUCUUAAGUCCGGGCGGAUAGUUUCAUCUUGUCGGGAUGCAGGGCCUGAGCUCCCGGGCUCACGCCUUCUCUGUGGAGGCGCUUGUGGGGAAACCCUACAAGCGGAUGAAAGUGUCCGAGAUGCAGGAAUCAAGUUCAGCUGCAGAUACUGGAAUCUUUCACGGCCAGGCUGAACACACCGCCAGUCAGAUGACUGCCGCCGGGUCAUCACCGUGGAGGCCUGCAGAAAAGCCCGGUCAGCAGCCGGCAGAGAGCGGGACAGAGGAGUCAGAGAGAGGGGUCCAGGCGGAGCUGCAGGGCUCCGAGCUGUGGAAGAGAUUCUAUGAAAUUGGAACAGAAAUGAUCAUCACUAAAGCUGGCAGAAGAAUGUUUCCGUCUGUUCGCGUCAAAGUGCGCAAUCUGGAGCCCUGCCAGCAGUAUUACGUGGCGAUGGACGUCAUGCCGGUGGACUCCAAACGCUACAGGUACGUGUACCACAGCUCUCAGUGGAUGGUGGCUGGAAACACGGACCACUCGUGCAUCUCUCCUCGCCUCUAUGUGCAUCCGGAUUCCCCCUGCUCAGGAGAGACGUGGAUGCGACAGGUGAUCAGCUUUGACCGGGUCAAGCUCACCAACAAUGAGAUGGAUGAUAAAGGACAUAUCAUCCUUCAGUCGAUGCAUAAAUACAAGCCUCGUGUUCACAUCAUCCGGUACGACGCUCGCAUGGACGCCUCGCAGAUCCAGGCUCUGCCAGCCGAAGGGGUUCACACCUUCUCCUUCCCAGAGACCGAGUUCACCACAGUCACAGCAUACCAGAACCAGCAGAUCACCAAGCUGAAGAUCGACAGGAACCCGUUUGCUAAAGGCUUCAGGGAUCCUGGACGGAACAGAGGGGUUCUGGACGGCCUGCUGGAGUCUUAUCCCUGGAGAGGCCCUUUGAACUUGGACCUUAAGCCUUUCUCCAUACAGCUUCAAGGAAGCUCGCCGUCACCGAGCAGCGGGGUCAAGAACUAUCUGCCGCUCUCGUCAUCUUCAGCUCUUCUUCCGCUCUCCUGCCCUGACUCCGCUCUCCACGCUCUCACUCUGCCCCUCUUCGGAAAGACGUCCACCGACUCGCCCUCUGUUUCUACGCUGCCUAGCAGAGUCUUGUCCUCCCUGGGAGCAGAUGGACUGAGAAAUAUUCCUUCUGUUCCUCCAUUAGCAGACCUGCCGUUUUUCUCUGCGCUGCAGGGGAAGAAAGCCCUAAACUGCAGGGAUCAGUGUCUGCACAGGUCUCCUGGGAGCUCUUCAUGCCUUAUCCAACUCCACACCCCACUGAGCCCCCAGCGGUCCUCUUUACCACCUCAUCUUGCUGAUACUAUGGCUCCCUACUGUCUUUACAGCUACAGCUUUCCUCUGAGCCCCCAACUCACGGCUCUUUCUAGAGACGGCAAACUGAGCGAAAACACCACAGACUAUCUGCUCCGGCAUCCUGCGUGGCAGCAGACCUCCAACCACUGCCUCUGACAGCUGCACAGAUACCGGCCCAAAAAGAAAACCAGCCAAAAGUUAACAGAAAGAGGAACAAUUCUGCUUCAAGCACGACUGAAUGGGAAAAAAAUGUGACCCAUAUUUAAGAAGUGAUUAACUUUCUGUGUUCCAAGCACAAAAACUGAUCUGGAAGCUGGUUAAUGAGCCAAAACAUCCAAACUUUGAAUAAAUAUGCAAACCUUUUUGUUCAGGAUGGAUGCCGAUUGCUUUUUUAAAUAAAGAUUAGUGCUUUAAACUAGUUCAACUUGCAAUGUUACCAAAGAGCAUAAAGAACCUGAGGUAAGGAUAAUUACUAAGACCAAUUGUAUUUACUGUAAAAGUUGCUGUUAAAAUAAUUAUUAUAAAAUGCCAAUUAAAGUAUUUUUUUUUUUACUAUUUUAAGAUCGGUGCAGCUAUUCAUACAUCCCCAAACAUAGGUACAAAUAUGAUACAAUGAGUAUGCAUGUAAUUAUUUUUGUAUGUAUCUAUAUACAUACAUAUUUAAAUAAACAUGUAACUACUAAGAUAUAUAUAUAUAGAGAGAGAGAUAUACGAACAUCAGUUCCUGCAUGUUUGUUUCAAUCCACGCCCACAAACACGAAAACAUGUGAAAACGCAAAUGUCUGCAGAAACCUAUAUGAGCCAGCAUGCUACCUACUAGGAGCAGUUUUCCAGCUCCUAAAUACUCUGCAAUCAUGGAAUGAAAUCCUCUGACAGUGAACAGUGUCUCAGGUCCAGCCACCCUCACCAACAGCAGGAGCUCAUCAGCUACUCUGUGGUUUCAGCUAAGAAACAGCUGCCAGAUUUCUGGCAUCCAGCUUCCAUUUCUUCACCAAACAUCCAAUAACUAAUCAGCGACUCAGGGCGGUGAAAGGAUUGUUCUUCAGCGUUACUAUUUGACUCCAACAUACGAGAAAGAGCAUCUUUGCUCGCUGACAUGGUCCAAAGAGCCACAUGGUCCAAAAAGCUGUAGUUAAAUUAGUUGUAGAUUCUUCUUGAGGCUUUAAGUUAAGGAAAUUCACGAGCAUCAAAUCAAAGGAAAACUGUGGCACGCCCUAUUAUCAGUUGAUGUGAUAAUUCCUGCCUUCAGCUCCAACUUCAGGCCAAAUACCAAACUCUGUUUAGGGCAAAGCGGGGCACGAUGGGGGAAAUGGACUGUUUCCCAACAAACGGUCAUAACCAAACAGCAAUUAAUGUGUCAUAGCCGAGUGCGGGAGGAACAGGCAUGGGCUGGAAGGGGGAAAUAGCAGGAAGGAGUCAAUUUAGGAACCCAGGCGGGGGGGGGGGUAGUCUAUUUCAGCCAACCGUCAGGUGCAGCACUAUCAGACAGCUUGGCCUUUGUCUACAGACACAAUCAGCCCAGGUUACUCGAUACUGUCGGCCAUUUCCAUGUUUGUCUACCGAGGACCAAAAUUUCUAACUCCUAACCCAUUCCUGAUCUUUCAAUUAAACUAAUUGCUUUCAUGCGAGGAGAGCUGAACUCUGCACCUGUCUCCCCCCAACCUGCAGCUGACACACAAACACUCUGAAAACUUAACAGAUGCAACUGUAGAAAAUUACUUAAAACCUCAAAUAAACUCCUUUUCAAAUAAGAGAAAAGAAGCAACAAAGAAUGAAAGUCAAUUAUGCAACAACUCUGCAAAAAGCAACACUUUUAAGGGGUUUGGAGUACUUAUAUUAAUCUGCUUAUGUGAACUCUGUUUUAUUUUUUA